ACCGCUGUUUAUUGUUAAUAAUAAUAAAUGCCGGUUGCUGAUGAUGUUCUUGCCCAGCCCCGCCGUCGUCGCGCAGCACUGUGUGGGAACAAUUAGGCAAUUAAAAACGUGGACCGAUGAUACAGAUUUCGUUUUCCACCGGCUGGAAAUGAUUAAUUACUGCAUUAUGCCGGUCGACGCGUAGUCGCUCUUGUGGCUCUCGCGCGCGUUUUAUUUGUUUGUGUGAUGUACCUGCACUUCUAUGCUCAGCUGCGAUUUUCAUGUUACGUGAAUUAUGUGCAAUGUCGGUGAUUGAUCGCUCUAUUAGUCUUCACGCGGAUGAUACAUUAAUUAUUCCGUAUUAUGCCAUCUUCCCCUUUAAUUAUUAAUAUUGGUUGUACUGAUACACGCACGUCUGAGCAGUCAGUGGAUGCGUGUGGAUUAUUCCGCCGGCGUUCGACCGGCAUGGAUUAUAAGAUGAUUACUCUGGCGCUGAUUGCUUCUCAGCUGUUCUUCUGCCUGGGAACACAUGCUCAACAAGCCAGACUCAUUUCCUCCUGCAAGAGCAGCCUGGGCCGUGGUCGCUGCACCUCGUCAGAGUCGGCAUGUGACGCCCUGGGCGGGGUCACCUCCGACCAGGAGUCCUUCCCGACGCUACCGCGGCCGCGAGCCUUUUGCGAGCGCGGCGAAGUGUGCUGUGUGCUGCUUCCGCUACCCUUGGACGACCACUGCAUGACCUGCGGCCAGCCGGGCAGUGACCCCGUCGGGGCAGUUACGGCGGCUGGAUCGCUGGCGGCCGAUGAGGACAUGCCGCGCCGCAUCUUGCCCAACUUCGAAGCGGUGUCCUGGGGACUGUGGCGACCGCGACAGUUCCAGCCGGAAAUGGACGCUUUCCGCUACAAGCGCGGAGUGGGCCCGCUGGAUGGGGAGGAGGCGCUGCCGGUGUCCAGAAUCAGCGCGCUGAACCGAUGGUGUUGGCAGGUAGCACUUACGGAUCGAAAUGGAACAAUAUUCGCGAGCGGCGUUCUCGUGGACGGUCAGAAUGUGGUGACCCUCGCGCGCAACGUCUACCGGAGGCAACCCGAGGAUGUCACUGUUGUACUGGGCGCUUGGGAUUUCGUCCGGCCGCUGGACAGCCCCAACCAAGCGGUCUGGUUCACCAAUCCCAAACAGAUUGUCGUCCAUGAUCAGUUCGAUCCAAUGACAUUUGCCAACGAUUUAGCGGUGCUGCGCAUUCCGCUGGCACCUUGCGAGCAACGCAACAUCUGUCCAGUAUGCAUCACCGACCUCCCCGUGGAUGCCAAUCGCAUGGGCAUGCCGGAGUCCAGUGGGAAGGAACACUGCUAUAUCACCGGCUGGGGCGCGCCCAAUAAUGCCGGUUUCACCAAUGCCCUCCGCGAGACGCCCGUCAAACUCACUGACCGUGCACAGUGCACGCGCGCUCUCGCCGAUAUGGGCGUCGUCGGCUUUACCAUUCCUGAUAGCCACUUCUGCGCUACCGUCACCCAGCCCCGCCCCACCGACACGUCCCAGUCCGUCUGCGAGAGUGAUGCCGGUGCCCCGUUGGUGUGCCAGUCGAUGGGCGACAAGAAGUGGUACCUCCGCGGCCUGGUCAGCCUGACCACGGAACCCUGCGCACUUGAGGGUCGGCGGCCUUUUCUGUCCACGGACGUCGGCAUGUUCUACCCAUGGAUCCGGGUACAGACCAACGCCCUGGACGCCCGCUUCACCAACUUCCCGGCCAUUCCCAACCGACAUCUUAUUCGCAGCAACGCCGGCCUCACCCCGCGCGCUGACCAAUUCCGGCCUAUCGCGGUGCCCCGCAGCUUCGACACACCGGCCUUCUUACGGUUUUUGUAAAAAAGAAUCUGAUUUAUUCUUGGUCCCCACCCGCCCGUGGCGACUGGUCGUCCGGCGUGGCUACUCAAUCUUGCAAAUUGUGAUAUAAAUAUUACAUUCAAAUCCGGCCUUUGAAAAACAGAAAAUCAAAUCAAUAAAAACUCUAUUUCACACUGUGCUAUCACAAUAUAUACAUAUUAAAAUGUAAGAUCAAUAAAAAAUCAUUCAGGAAAACAAUCACUCCUCUUCCGACUCCAACAAAUUGUACCCGACAUCCACGCCCCGUCGCGCCACAUCCACAUAGGCGAAAAUGGCCAACACUGGGACCAUCAUGAAGGCGCCCAGGACGAAGCAGAAACCCGGCCACCAUGCCGACGUGGCGGCAAACACGUUGGUGAAGAUCAGAGAGCCCAACAGCGGCGUCACGGAGUGCAGGGAGGAGAUGAGACUCAUCACCUUUCCGAUCUCAUUGCGCCGCA